GACAAUCUUCCAAACUUAAAAAUUAUUUCCUUCUUCGUCUGUGCCACAGAUUCUCUCAUUUCCUUCAUCAAUCUUACGCUUCUUUUUUUCUUUUUUUUUUUUCUUUUUGUCUGACAACAAGAAAAAACCAAAAAAAUCAAAAUCAACUUGUUUUGUUUAUUCCAAAAUUCCGCAAAACCAGAGAAGAGAGUGAAAAGAACUUCUAGAUGUCUCAUGGGCUCUUCUUGUUCUUCGCUGUCUUCGUUUCGUGAGCUUCCCAGCAUCGAAUAAACCUCGUAGAACGCAGAAAUUAAUCCCUUUCACAUAUUUCCUUUGAUUUUACUUCUCGAUUCUUUACAUUUGAUCGGGAUCUAUGUUGUUCGAUUGAUUCUAGGCAGCUUUAAGAAACCCAAUUGAGAGGAGAUCAAUGGAAUCCCUAAUUGAAGCCGAAGAAUCUCGGUUUUUCGAUGCACACGAAGAAAUCGCAUCCUGUUCCAGUGCAAUCGAGUACGACGCAGCUCCAUUGUCGAUCUCCGGCGAUUUCCAGUACGACGUUUGGAUCAAAAGCCCAGGAAACGCCGAGGAGCGUCGAGAGAAGUUCUUGAGCUGGAUGGGUGUAACUGUGAGCCAAACUCAUCGCGAGGAGCCACCUAAAUCAAGCAAUGUGGAUCGUCUCUCAAGCUCGGUUAGUGAAGCGGCGGGUUUGGGUUUGAGGAGUUCGAGAUCCGACGACGAGUUUAGCUCCUGUCGGUGUGAUUCUUCUGUGUUUAGUCCAAGUGAGAAUGUAGAUAGGAUUGUGCAGGAGAGUUUGUGUAAAGAGGAAGAAGAUGUAAAUGUUGGGGAUUCAAGUAGUGGAAUGGCUUUGAGGAAUCUGUGUUCUGAUGAUGAUGGUAUUAGCUCUAGCCUUUGUUCUGGAUCACCUGCAUCGGGUUUAACAGAUAGGCUUCUGAAGCAAAACGGCGAAGCCUUUGAGCCUAAGUCGCCAAAGUCGGUGGAGCAACGGGAUGUAGGCGGGAUCAUGAAGAGGGUGAAGGAGAAAUGGUUGAGUCGGCUGCACAGAGCGCGUAGCAAGGAGAAGCCAGGAGAUUCUGCUGGUGAAGUAGUCGCGAGUAGGAUCGAGAGAGUGAAGGUGAAAGAGUAUAAGAAAGAGGCUAAGGAGCUCACUGCUCUUUUCAAGGGUCAAGAAAUAAAAGCUCACGAAGGGGCGAUUCUCGCUAUGAGGUUUAGUCCUGAUGGGAGGUACCUUGCAAGUGCUGGUGAAGACAUGGCUUUGCGGGUUUGGAGCAUUGUUGAAGACGAAAGGUGUGAAGAACACGACGUUCCCAAGAUCGAUCCUUCUUGUAUAUACUUUGAAGUGAGCAACCUCUCUGAGUUGAGACCUGUGGCAGUAGAAAAGGACGGCAUGAGUGGGUCACUGAUGAGUCCGAGGAAGGCGACAGAGUCCGCUUGUGUUAUUAUUCCCCCAAAGAUUUUCCGGGUUCUUGAGGAACCAGUUCACGAGUUUCUCGGUCACAGUGGUGAUAUCCUUGACAUCUCAUGGUCCAAGAACAAUCGUCUGUUGUCAGCUUCAGUAGACAAUAGCGUUCGGCUUUGGCAGAUUGGCCGUGAGGAUUGUCUUGGAAUCUUCUCUCACAGUAACUAUGUUACAUCGGUUCAGUUCAACCCGGUUGAUGAUGAUCACUUCAUCAGCGGUUCGAUAGAUGGAAAAGUUCGUAUCUGGUCGAUAUCUCAGUGCCAAGUUGUAGAUUGGGCAGACGCUAGAGGCAUUGUAACCGCAGUUUGUUAUCGCCCAGACGGGCAGGCAGGGAUUGUUGGAACCUUGACGAGCGAAUGUCGCUUUUACAAUGUAUCAGACCACUACCUCCAGCUCGAUGGUCAUAUAUGUCUGCAUACCAAAAAGAAGUCGUCAAAUAAACGAAUAAUCGGCUUUCAGUUUGAUUCAACCGACCCAAGCAGAGUCAUGGUGGCGUCCGCAGAUUCUCAAGUCAGGAUCAUUAGCGGUCGCAACGUUGUCCAUAAAUACAAAGGUUCUCGAAAUGCCGGGAAUCAAAUAUCGGCAUCUUUUACAGCAGACGGGAAGCAUAUAAUAUCGGCGUGUGACGAUUCCUCCGUCUACGUCUGGAACUGCGUCGAAAAUGAUCCCGAACCACAGUCUCCUAGUUUCUUCUCCCACACGAAACGGCUUAAGAUCCGAUCCUUUGAGAAAUUCUCUGCAGAUGUCUCGGUCGCUAUCCCGUGGUGCGGGUUCGCCCCUGUGAUGUCCGGCGGGUCCGAGCUAUCUCCGUCGCUCUUCUCGUUGGGACGAGAGUACGUUCUCGAUUCUCCCAAGGGAUCUGCGACUUGGCCGGAGGAGAAGCUAGCAAGCUCGUUUUCUCCGGUGAAGGCGAUCCGUAGAUCGCACUAUAGAUUCCUACGAUCCUCGUGCCGGAGAACGUCGGAGUCGUCUCAUCUCUGGGGACUGGUUAUAGUCACCGGCGGGUGGGAUGGACGCAUCAGAUUGUUUCACAACUACGGUUUGCCGGUUCCCGUUUGAAAUCCAACGGCUACGAAACGCUCCUUGUCAAACGUCGCCGUACAUACUCCGCAUCCACCUGUCUUAACACGUGGUGAAGUUUAGGAGGUUUGUACGGGCCCUAAGGUUGGGCCUAACACGUUGGCCUGCUUUUUGAUCCGAUUGUUUGUUGUAGCUGUGUCUCUCACCAGGUUCGAACCUAGCCUGAGCUGAAGGUUUGGAAUUGCUUCAGAGGUAGGAAACUCAGAUUUUUGCCCCUUUUUAUCGUAAAAAUUUACUAGUAAAUUAUACCUUUUUUUGUUGUAAGUAAUAAUAUAUAGGGAAUGUAACUGAGGCCCGCUUUAUUUCGUGUAAAUACUAUGGUUUUCUCGUUGUUACAAUAUUUUUUUGGUACAGAAUAGAGUAUAGAGUAUAGACUGGUCUUAGAAAUACUUGAAUCAUAAUUUAC